UAUAGCAACUAUCAACAUUUUCCUUCACAAUAGCAGGAAAUUGCUAUGAAAAAACACAUGGAAGAUAUGAUUAAAGCACAAUAUAUAGAAGAAUCACUUUAAAUUUAAAAUUUCCAAUAUUUUCACUCUUCAUGAACUGUCGCUAAAACUGACCUUCGUAGUGUUGAAUCUUUUAAAAUAUAAGGGCUCUUGAUUAAGUUGAAGUCCUUGUUGGCAAGGAGAAAAAUUGCACUUUUUGUCAUUCCUAAUUGCAAAAAACUGAAAGAAUAGAGAGCCACUUCAUGGAAAACCAAAGAAGUUACCACCACCUCCUUUUCAUCUAUGUCACAUGGGUACGGGUGCGGACAAAAUUCAAAAUCAUGGGUACGUGGGUAUGGCUGGCCGUACAUAUAAAAUUGUGUACAUAAUGUAUACAAUGCAUAUAAUUAUAUCGUAGUGUAUUGAAUAUAUAAAUUCUAUGUUGUAUAUUGAACAUAUAAUUACAGAUACAGCAAUACACAAGUGCGCCUGUGCACCUAAAGUGUCGAAGGCGUGUCCGUACCCACACCUGUGUCCAGGCGAGUCGACACCGACACUUCAGGUGCACACGCGCACCCAUGUAUCAGAGCUUUUCAGCAAUAGGGCUAAGAAAAAAGUUAUCAGGUACAAUUUGCAUGAUAAAUAAGGGCAUAUACUUUUAUUAAGAAUAUUAAAAAGUGUCCAAGUCGCAUCUUCUCUUCCAUAUUAUUUUCCUUUUGAAAUGUUUUUCUUUUGUGUGAAUUGGUAAAAUAACUUUCUUUAGAAUUUGUAUAGCUGAUUUUUUUUCCCUCAGAAAGGGAUAUUAUCAAAAUAUCCUGUUAUGUUCUCAUCGGUGGGAAAACUGAAAGUGAAAUCUGUGACUAUAUACUAUAACAGUGUCUCUGCAUGCUGACAGAACGAGCAAGUCUGAUAGUUUGGUUUUCUUCCUAUAUACAUAAAGCUUGGAGGAUGCUUAUAAUGAUUUUCUAUCAAUGUUGGGAUUUCAUAUAUGCUGAAUAUGUCAUGGCUGCUGGAUAUCAUCAUCGUUCUAUAAUUUGGCAGAUAGCUGAAGAUUAUUCUCAUUGUGAGUUGCUACUCAGACUUCCCGGAUAUGUCCCAAUGCCCGCUUUUCGUGAUGUUGUAGAUGUGCCCCUUGUUGUGAGAAGACCACAUAAAUCUCGUAUGGAGGUGAGGAAUGAACUUGGGCUUGGUGAUGAUGUAAAGCUAGUGCUUUUUAAUUUUGGUGGGCAGCCGGCUGGAUGGAUGCUAAAGGAAGAGUGGCUGCCCACUGGUUGGCUUUGCUUGGUAUGUGCUGCCUCAGAUAAACAGGAACUUCCACCAAACUUCUUAAGGCUUCCUAAAGAUGUAUAUACACCAGACGUGAUUGCAGCUUGUGAUUGCAUGCUUGGAAAAAUUGGAUAUGGUACAGUUAGUGAGGCACUUGCUUACAAGCUUCCAUUUGUGUUUGUCCGUCGGGAUUAUUUUAGUGAGGAACCGUUCUUGAGAAACAUGCUUGAGUAUUUUCAAGGUGGAGUGGAGAUGAUUAGGAGAGAUUUGCUUACGGGGCAUUGGAAACCUUAUCUUGAGCGUGCUCUAAGCCUUAAGCCAUGUUAUGAAGGAGGCAUCAAUGGUGGUGAAGUUGCUGCAGGCAUAUUACAGAAGGCUGCUACUGGAAGAAGUUAUGCAUCUGACAAGUUUAGUGGACCGAGAAGAUUACGUGAUGCUAUUGUGCUUGGGUAUCAACUACAAAGAGCUCCUGGUGGCGAUAUUAGCAUUCCGGAGUGGUAUGCAGUUGCAGAAAAUGAACUUGGCCUUCGUGCUACUUUGGAAAGCAAUGAGGCAAAUAAGAAAAGCCCUUUUACAGAGUUAUGUAUAGAGGACUUUGAGAUUCUUCAUGGAGAGUUGCAUGGACUUCCAGACACAGUAGCAUUUUUAAGGAGUUUGGCGGGUCUUCAUCGUGAAACGGACUCUCAUAAGCACUCAGAAAAGCGGCAAAUAAGAGAGAGAAUUGCUGCAUCUACUCUUUUCCACUGGGAGGAAGACAUUUUUGUGGCCAGAGCACCUGGAAGAUUGGAUGUCAUGGGUGGUAUUGCUGACUACUCAGGAAGCCUUGUUUUGCAGAUGCCUAUUAGAGAGGCUUGUCAUGUUGCUGUGCAAAAAAUUCAUCCAAGCAAGCAGAAGCUGUGGAAGCAUGCUCUAGCUCGCCAGCAAAACCAAGGCCUAGGGCCCAAGCCCGUGUUGCAGAUAGUAUCUUUUGGGUCUGAGUUGUGCAACCGUGCACCUACAUUUGACAUGGAUUUGGCUGAUUUAAUGGAUGGAGACCAACCAAUAUCCUAUGAGUCAGCUUGCAAAUACUUUGCACAAGAUCCAUCCCAAAAGUGGGCAUCUUAUGUUGCUGGGGCAAUUGUUGUGUUGAUGACUGAAUUGGGUGUGCGAUUUAAUGAUAGCAUUAGCAUUCUGGUUUCUUCAGCAGUUCCAGAAGGAAAAGGUGUUUCUUCUUCUGCAGCUAUUGAAGUUGCCACCAUGUCUGCCAUUGCUGCAGCCCAUGGACUGGAAAUUGCACCAAGAUAUCUUGCCCUGCUGUGUCAAAAGGUGGAGAACUUUGUAGUUGGUGCACCGUGUGGAGUGAUGGACCAAAUGGCAUCAGCUUGUGGUGAAGUAAACAAACUUCUAGCCAUGGUUUGCCAGCCUGCUGAAGUGACAGGACUUGUCAAUAUUCCUACCCAUAUAUGUUUCUGGGGUAUUGAUUCAGGGAUACGCCACAGCAUUGGUGGAGCUGAUUAUGGAUCUGUUAGAAUUGGUGCUUUUAUGGGUCGGACAAUUAUAAAGUCCGAAGCAUCUACAUUGUUAUCUAGUACAUUUGAAAUUGCAAAUGCCCAAACACAGGGGAAUGGUGUGAAUGCUUAUGAAUAUGAAGAACAUGGAAUUGAGUUGCUUAAAGCUGAAGCUUCACUUGAUUUUCUAUGCAAUCUCUCUCCUCAUAGAUAUAAAGCUGUUUAUGCACAGAAUCUUCCUGAGUUUAUGCUUGGGAAGACAUUCUUGGACAAAUACAUCGAUCAUGGUGAUCCUGUCACAACUAUUGAUCCUAAGCGUCAAUAUGCAGUGAGAGCACCCACAGGCCAUCCAAUUUAUGAAAAUUUCCGUGUGAAGGCAUUUAAAGCACUGUUAACAGCUUCAAGUACUGAUGAACAGCUUUCCUCCCUGGGAGAAUUAUUGUAUCAGUGCCAUUAUAGUUACAGUGAAUGUGGGCUUGGGUCAGAUGGGACCGAGCGACUUGUUAAUCUAGUUCAGGAGAUUCAACAUAGAAAAAGAGCUACAGGUGAAAAUGGUACACUUUUUGGUGCCAAGAUAACUGGAGGUGGGUCAGGCGGAUCUGUUUGUGUCAUUGGCCGCAACUGUGUCCGCAGUAAUGAGGAGAUUUUAGAGAUACAACAAAGAUAUAAGGCUGCUACAGGUUAUCUGCCUUAUAUUUUCGAGGGGUCAUCUCCAGGCGCAGGAACGUUUGGUUACUUAAGACUGAGGCACCGGAAGAAUUAAUUUAAGUUCGGGCAAACUCGUCUGUGGCUUUAGGGAAUAAUAUAUUUCUAUUCAUUCAUUUUUUAUAUUUAAGAAAUAUUAUUAUUUCAUUUAUACUAUUUAUCAUGCUAUAUUCAUACUUGAAUGGUUUAGAAUUUAGAGUAUUUUUUUUCUUGAAUAUAUAUGUGAACAGACAGCUUUCCAGAUUAUUGGAGGGCCCUGCCAAGAACCUGCAUCCUCGAUUUUGAGGCACUGGUUUGGACAGUUUCUGUUGAAGCCACAUGAGCAUCAGACACAUACUCAACCUUAUUUAUCACUAUAACCAAAUCAAUUUGUGGUGAAUUUUUGUCCGAUGCA